UUCUCUGCAGGGUCUGCGUCUUCACGUCAAAAAGUCGAUCGGAUUCAUCAAUGGCGCCGGGUGUGCUAAGAAGAAAGAGUGCUGCGGGGAUUAGAGUGAGGUGGGGAGGAGCAUUUGAUUGGUGGGACGACAUUGAUGACUCGGAGGAAUGGCAGCGGGGGAUUUUCUACGCCCUCUGUGUGUUCUAUGCUUUCGUCUCCAUUGUGGCUUUAGUGCAACUUUUGCGUAUUCAGUUGAGAGUACCGGAAUACGGUUGGACAACACAAAAGGUUUUCCACUUGAUGAAUUUUGUGGUGAAUGGAUUGAGGGCCAUCCUUUUCGGUUUCUACAAGGGCGUGUUUCUUCUCAACUCUAAAGCACUGGAGAUGGUGCUUCUGGACCUUCCUAGUCUUCUAUUCUUUUCUACAUAUACUUUACUUGUGUUGUUCUGGGCCGAGAUAUAUCACCAGGCAAGAAGCCUUCCAAUUGACAAACUAAGACCUGCAUAUUAUAUUAUCAAUGGAAUUGUAUACUUCACACAGGUAUGCAUCUGGAUUGCCAUAAGAUUGAGCCAAAGUACUAUUUCGGUACAAGUUGCUAAAGUCUUCUUGUCAGUUAUUUCAUUUUGCGCUGCCCUGGGAUUCAUUGUGCAUGGUGGGAGGUUGUUCGACUUGCUGAGGCGCUUCCCUAUUGAAUCUAGAGGUCGUCAAAAAAAGCUUAAUGAGGUUGGUUUUGUAACCGGAAUUUGCUGCACUUGUUUCUUCAUAAGAUGCUUUAUGAUGUGUCUGUCUGCCUUUGAUGAAGAUGCUGAUAUUGAUGUAUUGGAUCAUCCCAUCUUGAAUCUCAUCUAUUACCUGUUGGUGGAGAUUGUCCCAUCUGCUUUAGUGCUGUUUAUCCUUCGAAAGCUGCCUCCAAGACGCGUCUCCGAUCAGUAUCACCCCAUUAGGUGAAAUUUGAGAGAAAUAAUGGCUCUAAGAUUUAAAAUCCACCAAUUAUUGACUUACUAAAGUGAAGUGAGACUUGCCUCACUGUAACCUGCACCAAAUUGUCCUCCUCAUUUGUGUCAGUCUCAGUACUAACACAGUAUUUUGUAAUUAGAAAGUUUCAAAUCAUGUGUAUUCCUACGAUUCUUUUUUACUAGUAUUUGUCACGUGGUUAAUGUGUGUUCUUGAUUUCAUUAAACAAGAGGUAUAUGGAUGAUUAUGAAUAAUAGUCUAGUGAUUGGUCUAUGG